AUGUUACCAAAUUGUAAUUUUAAUUUAUUACUUAAAAAUAUUAAUAAUGGUGGUGAUAAAAUAUUGGAAAAUUUAACAUCAUACAAUUCUAUUUUAACUGUUAUUAAAGGAUUCCGUAAUGGUAUUGUUUAUGGAGUAAAAAUUAGAGCACCUCAUGCUUUUGUAAUGACAUUUCUUUUUCAAAAUGGAACAUUUUAUCAAAAAAUAAAACGUAUCUUUGAUUUAACAAAAAAACAUUCAUUUAAUUUGGCUAAAUUUGUUUUAAUUUAUAAAAGUACUUUAAUACUUUUAAAAAAAAUUUUUGGUGAAAAUAUAAAUUGGCAAUCAUUUGUGGCAGCCUUCCUUGGUGGUUAUUAUGUUUUCGGAGAAAAUAAUAACAUAAAUAUGCAAAUUAAUCUUUAUCUUCUUUCACGUAUCAUACUUGGUUUAUCAAAGUUAUUUGUUAAAAAAAAUAUUAUUCAAGAACCACAAUCUCAAAUUUUUCCAUGGUUUGGUGCAUUUAUUUGGGGUAUUGUAUUAUGGUUAUUUGAGGUACAUCCUGAAUUAUUACAAAAAUCAUUACUUUCAUCAAUGAAAUAUUUAUAUCAUGAUAGUAAUAAAUGGAAAAAUUUUAAUACUUUUUUUUGGAAAAAUACAGAAUAA